AUGGCCACAGUUCCUAAGUCUGGCCCGAAUCCCCCUAGAAUGCCCAUCGUCGUGCCAGAGAUGACAGCACCCCCGCAUGACCUGAAGAUGUCCACGGAAAACAUGAACGAGCCCACCGUCGUCGCCACAGACAGCGACGCUUGGGAUACUGAGAUGCAGCUCGUAUCAUCGCUGGCAAAGCUUCAGAGGCUGGAAGGAAUGAUUCAUCAGCUGCGCACACUGCUGCCGGGACGGUUACUGGAACCCUUGAAAUCAACCGUCAAUCCCGGAAUGGCCACCGGGCAGGUGGGAGUAUCCUCCCCGCGGGCGCUGUUCGAACAACUCAAGCAGUGCGUGCAGAGUGGUGUGAGCGAAGUGGCCGAUUUUCAGACUCUGUGGCGCAGUUCAGAGAUGAAAGCCGUCUGGGAUCGGGUGGACACCCAAAUCCAGAAUAACGGUGGUCAGCUGCUGCAGCCGAGGGGGGUGUGGGAGGAGGACUAUGACGUGCUGCUCGAGGGGCUGGUCAAAGAGGAGCAAGCAAAGCAGGCGGAGCGACGGAGCGCUGAGGAGGAAUCGGAACGGUCGAAGAUUCAGGCCACGGAGGGUGGCUGGCGGGCGAUUGCGGAGGGUUUCGCCCAGAGGAACGUGCCCGGCGUGCGGGUACAAGUGAGCAACAUGAACACGGCGUCGGUCCUGGUAGCGCUUGUAAAGGCCGGAAUGAUUCUCAAUGUCCACACUGUCGAGGGACUGGAAAGCCAUGGGAUCCCGGAUUGGCGCAUCACCAGCAAGGCGUCGCCGGGACAGCCGGUCUCCAAGCUCGAGGGGGCUGUCCUGCAGUGCUUGAACUCGCGGCCCCGGCAGUGGGACCUUCUCUAUCUGCUUGACAUGAUAUCGUCCUACGCCAACAUCAAACAGACGCCUUGCAUGAAAUGCAACAAGAUGACAGACAAUGCAGCUCAGUUACCAGCAGUCCGCAAGCCGAAGACCGUUCCAUCUGUGGAUGGCCAGUCAACAACUGUUUGGGAGGCAUAUCAUCCCAGCUGUGUUGAGUGA